GAUUAUACAAUAACACAUUACACCUUGGGGGCGGGCCUCCUUGUGGGAGGAGUUUUUUUACUAUGGCUUCUGCAGAGGUUUUUUCAAGAGAACCAGCCAGGUAUCCCAUUAUUGGAUAUUCCAAAGAAACCGAUUCAGAGGGUUUCACACAAGCUAAAAAAGAAAAAGAAGGUGCUGAGUUUAAAGCAGAGGAUUCGGAGGGGAGGAUGGGAACAUCCAGUGGCUCCCACACAUCACUCAGAAGCAGCGCCAGAUUCUCUUCUCAGACCCCCAUCUGAGGUGGAGACCCCUGCUCUGCCCCCAGAGGUGCUCUACAUGCUGCAAAGUGUUCGUGUACUCGGUCACUUUGAGAGGCCUCUUUUCCUGGCACUUUGUCAGUACGUGGUAUAUGAACACUAUGACCCAGGAGGUGUGGUAUUCUGCCCUGGACAGCCCGAUUCAAGUAUUUACAUCGUCCUUGAAGGGAAGCUGGAACUCUCCCUGACUGAUCCUGAUGGUACCCGGCACUACAUGAAGUCGGUGUCCCCUGGUGAUAACGUGCACAGCCUGCUCAGCAUCCUGGAUGUCCUAACUGGCCACCAGAAGCCAUACCGCACAGUAACAGCGAAGGCUGUAGAAAAGAGCACGGUGCUACGACUUCCAGUUGAGGCAUUUUCUGCUGUGUUCUGCUCCUAUCCCCAGAGUUUAAUCCGGACUGUCCAGAUUAUUGCUCUUCGUCUGCAGAGAGUCACCUUCCUUGCUCUGCACCAUUACUUGGGCCUGACCAUUGAACUCUUCCAACAUGACCUUCAGUCUGAAUCAAGUCCUUCUCGUCCUGUCCGACCUCGUCUUUCCAGAAGUAUAACACAUACUGAAGAAGAUCAACCAGAUGUUUCUAAAUUCUCUCCCACACGAAGGAGACCCCCACGUUUAGGAGACUGUAAAGCCACAUCUGCUGGAAAAACAGGUUUCUGGAGGUCUCUGGAUUGUGAAUUAGAACAGAGUCGUGUGGGAAAGUCUCCAGUAUCACCCUCAAAUGAGGAGAUACUUUUCUGGGAGUCUGAAGAUAAUAUGCAGAAGCUGCUGGAGAAUGGAAAGAAACAGCUUGCCAAGCAAAUGGACCUGGAAGAUCUGUCUUUGCUUGAGAACAAACUUACUCUUCAUCACGUAAAGGCCGAGACAGUAAUUGCCCGGAAGGGCGACCAUGAUGUUGGACUGCAUUUUGUGCUCUCAGGCCGUCUUCAUGUCUAUCAGGGGGUGAUGGGGAAAGAGGACUCCUGCAUCUUUGUGACUGCUCCCGGAGAAAUGAUUGGACAGCUGACAGUUCUCACUGGGGAGCCUCUGAUCUUCACAAUCAGAGCUGUGCGGGACAGCUCCUUCCUGUGCCUGAGCCGCACUCACUUCUACCAGAUCCUGCGCUCCCACCCCCGGGUGCUGCUCGCUGUGGCUCACUCUGUUGCUCGGCGUGUGUCUCCUUUUGUGAGACAAGUGGAUUUCGCCAUUGACUGGAUUGGAGUAGAGGCUGGUAAAGAGCUGUACAGAAAAGGGGACACCUCUGACUGUACUUACAUUGCCUUAAAUGGACGUCUCCGUUCAGUGAUUCAGUAUCCUGAUGGGAAGAAAUGUGUUGUAGGAGAGCAUGGUAGAGGCGAGCUAAUUGGAAUGGUGGAAGCUUUAACGCACAGGCCAAGAGUGACGUCUGUGAAUGCAGUGCGAGACUCUGAGCUGGCAAAGGUCCCUGAUGGAGCGUUGUCCUACAUUAAGAGAAGAUACCCUCAGGUGGUAACCAGAUUAAUUCACAUUUUAAGCCAUAAAAUCCUUGGAGACCUUCAAGAGACACAGGGAAAUGUGGCAGAUUCUGGAAAUGUGGCCAGUAAUCUGAGUACAGUCUGUGUGUUACCGUGCAAUAAUAAUGUUCCUCUCUCUGCCUUUACCAUGGAGCUUAAAAAUGCUCUGGACACAAUAGGCCCAACUCUGGUUCUUACAAGUGACAUCAUCAGGGCGCGGCUUGGAGCCUAUGCCUUGGAAAGUACUCACGAGUGUCAGCUGUCUACUUGGCUGGCCCAACAGGAAGAUCUUCACCGUAUUGUCCUUUAUCAGACUGAGUUCUCGCUCACACCAUGGACUGUACGCUGCAUCCGCCAGGCAGAUUGCGUUUUGGUGGUUGGGCUGGGAGAAGAGGCACCAGCAAUUGGAGAGCUUGAAAAGUUUCUUGAGAAUUCUCCAAUCAGGGCCCUUAAACAGCUGGUACUCCUUCAUCGGAUGGAUGGUCCUAUGCCAUCAGACACAGUAGAAUGGCUCAAACUCAGGACUUGGAUUUCAGCACAUUUCCAUAUCCGUGCCCCAAAGCGGGUAUUUGUUAAGAGGCCCCCACAUAAAAUGCUUGAGUUCUACUCUAGAAUCCAUCAAAAAGAAGUUGAUCGGCACAGUGAUUUUUCCAGGCUUGCUCGUGCUCUUACAGGGAAUACUAUUGCCUUGGUGUUAGGAGGUGGUGGAGCAAGAGGAUUUGCACAUGUAGGAAUCAUUAAGGCUUUGGAAGAGGCAGAUAUUCCUGUGGACAUGGUGGGAGGUACCUCCAUGGGAGCUCUAGUUGGAGGAGUGUAUGCUGAAGAACGUGACAGUAACCAAACUGAAGAACGGACAUGUAAAUGGUCAAAGAUGAUGUCCUCCUUGGUAAAGACAAUCACUGAUCUUACUUACCCCACAACCUCACUGUUAUCAGGCUCUGGAUUCAACGCCACUUUAAUUGACCUCUUUGGAGAGCGGCAAAUCCAAGAUCUGUGGCUACCGUUUUUCUGUAUCACAACAGAUAUCAGCUCCUCUUCAAUGAGGGUCCAUAGAGAAGGCACCUUGUGGCGUUAUGUUCGAGCCAGCACUUCGUACACGCCUUAUCUGCCACCACUCUGUGAUCCUCAGGAUUCUCAUCUCCUGUUAGAUGGAUGCUAUGUGAAUAACCUCCCAGCGGAUGUGGCUCAUUCUCUGGGGGCCCGAACAGUUCUUGCAGUAGAUGUUGGGAGGCAGGAAGAAUGGGAUACUUAUAAUUAUGGAGACAGCUUGUCAGGCUGGUGGUUGUUGUGGAAUCGCCUCAAUCCCUGGGCAGCUAAAGUUAAGGUUCCUGACAUGGCAGAGUUGCAGUCACGUUUGUCAUAUGUCUCCUGUGUCCAUCAGCUGCAGAGAGUGAAGCACAGUGGAUACUGCGAGUAUCUGUGUCCCCCAGUGCAGCGAUUCAGCACCACUGAAUUUCGACGCUUUCAGGAAGUAUUUGAUGUGGGUUAUGAGUAUGGGAAACUAAUAUUCACAGAAUGGCAUCGCGGUGACCUCAUUGAGAAAAUGUUGCAGGAUAAUAGUAGCCCUGAGAUCGACCAACCACAUCAAAGAGGAGCUGGAGGGUCACCAGGCUUCACAGACCUGGCAGAAAUUGUGGCUCGCAUUGAACCUGCUGGCAGCCAAAGUACUUUUCCAAGUAAAAAAACUGAGGAGUACUUUGCAAACGGAGACAAGCCUGAUGCUGAAUACCGUAAUGAAGCAUGUGAGACAGAUGAAGAGAAGACAUUACGAAUAAAACAAUGGUUAACCUCCAGCAAUCCUUAUUGA